AUGGACAGCCUCGACCCCACCACCCAUGCCAUCCCACACGGACGCAGAUAUCAUCUCCAAGCCAGUAGCGGAACCGAAAUGAUGAGUGUGAGUGCUCAAGAACCCACCUCUGAGAGGGAACAGUGGAAGGUAGUUUUUGCAGCCGGCGAUAGCAAGAAGAGGAAGGCAGAAGAUAAAGAUACUGAUGAGGUUAUUGUGGUUGCCAACAAGAAGAGGAAGUUGAAGUCUGAUGUCGACAAAGAGCCAACAGGAGUCAUCUAUGCAGCCAACCUAAGUGAAUUAGAGCCCACAUCAAGAGAUAUCUUACAGGGCAUCCAGGACCUCAGUAGGAGAUUGGAUCUCCUCAUGGCCAAUGAGUGGGUAGAAGCAUUGGAAGUCAGAGUGGGUUCGGUGGAGACCAACCUGCUCAAGUGGUUGGACGAGUUAGAGCAACGGCUCAACGAAUGCGAUGCCCAGUGGAAAUCUUCCAAAUCCCUAGGAUAG